AGCUCAGAUCCCUUCUUCCAGCCCCACGAUGGCUACGGAGCAGUGGUUCAUGGGGCCGCUCUCCCCGGGCACUGGAGAAACGCUGCCCCAGAACGACUUGGAACCUGGGGCACAGCCCUGCGGAGACCCCUCCUGGUCGACGGACCCAGCCCAAGCGGAACCGGAGGAUGUCCAGGGGCAACUGUCCGAAGCCUCCCCUUCUACGCCUUCCCCAGAGCCUCGGACCCCGGGCACUGGGCCCACACCUCCUCGCCUACCCUUGGACACCUUGUUCAGCCCUGUCACAGAACAGCUCCGCUACCUGCUCAAAAAGGCGGAUGAUUUCCAAAGCUACUUGCUCUACAGCAGGGACCGAGUUCAGAAGGAACAGCUGGCAAAGGCCAUGCCCACCUUCUUAAAGAUGUGUGAGCCCUACUUUCUGUACCUGGAGGCAGCUGCACGGAGCAUGCCGCCCAUCUAUGGAGCCCUGCAGGAGCUGGUUCGAAAGGGGCUGUUGGAGAUCUCCCAACAGCUGACCCUGCGCCUGGAACAGCUGGUGCUUAUGUAUGCCUCCUUUGGGUUUGUGGACCUGGAAGAGUCAGAUCCCCUAAGCAUUUCCUGUUUCUUCUGCGGGAGGUUCUCCAUCAGUCCUUCCCACGAGGUGUCCAUCUUCAGAUACUGUGCCCCUGCUGCCUACACCAUCAGCCGCUUUCCUCGGUACCUGUAUAAGAAGAUGCGCUGGAACCUGGAAACUACCCCAGAGCCCAGCAGCCAGGGGAAAGAUUCUCACGUGGAUUACUACUUCCUGUGCUAUCGGGAUACAUGGGAAGACACAGGCAAGAGUCCAGCCAAUUCUUGUCCCCAGAUUCAGAAGCUGUGGUCCAUCGGUCGAUGGGUGCCCCUAGGACCAGCCGAGGAUGACCUUUAUUCUUGGAUUUUGUGCCCGCAGCCGUCUGGAGACUACCAGCAACUGCUGACCAUCGGCUUCGAAGAGCCGUCUCAUAUGCUAGCCACCGACCUGCUGGUGCAAAUCCUCACGAGCCAGGCAGGCCCGGCCCGGUCGCCGAGCGCGGCCGUCCCCACAGCGUGGGCCCCUCAGGGGUCUUGA